AUGGAGCUCUCCGACGCCUUCCGCAUUGUCAACUUGGCCACCGCGACCAUCAUGGUCCUGGGCGGCAUUGCCCAAUUCUUCAACUUCAACUUGUAUGUUGACCCGCUUCCUCCGACGGACCUCCCCCCUGCACCGCUCUGCUGGGUACCCAAUGACUCUUCCCCCGUAUUCUGCGAAGCUCUUCUAACCUACUUCCCAGAGUUCCAAAUCCCUCCUCAGGUCUCCCGUUACGCCUCCUUCCUCUUUUCCUUCAUCGGCCGUGGUGUCUUCUACAUCUUCAUCGGAUCCAUUCUCCUUUCCGACGGCGUCUUCAAGAUCAUUGCCGGCUCCAUCGUCGGCCUCAUUGGCGUUGCCUACGUCGUCCUCGAGUUCGUCCCCCAGAUCGAGCCGCCAGCCAACAUGCGCGAGGCCGAUGGCGGCUGGGGCGCAGAGCAGGUGUAA